AUGUCUAAAUAUCCUUUUGAUAAGAAUCAUCGUCGCUUUCAAGCUUCAUGGUUUAAGCUCUUUCCUGAAUUGUUGGAAUAUUCUCCAACUAAAGAUGCAGCUUUUUUUCUUCUCUGUUAUCUUUUUAAUAAGCCUUCUGGACGUCCCGGUUCUUGUGCAUUUAUAGUUAAGGGAUUCCAUACAUGGGAAAAAGUAAAUGAUAGGAAAAACUGUGCUUUCUUAUGUCAAGUGGGAAAAGAUCCUAACUCAUUACAUAAGGUUACAAUGAAAAAGUCUAGAGAUCUUAUGAACCAAAAUCAGCAUAUUGAGAGGGUGAUUGAAAAGAAAUCUUGUCAAAAAAUUGAAAAUAACCAUCUAAGGUUAAAAGUCUCAUGUGAUGCUAUUAAAUGGUUGACAUUCCAAGCUUGUGCUUUGAGAGGUCAUGAUGAAAGCUCCAAUUCAAAAAAUAGGGGCAACUUCAUUGAAUUGAUUAAACUUUUAAGCUCCUAUAAUGACAAGGUGGAAUCGGUGGUACAAGAUGCAAUUCGUGAUGAGAUUGGAGAUGGAAAAUUUUGCAUUAUUAUUGAUGAGGCUCGUGAUGAAUCAAGAAAAGAGCAAAUGGCCAUUGUGUUGAGAUUUGUUGAUAAAGAUGGCUAUGUACGAGAGCGUUUUUUUGAUCUAGUUCAUGUCCUUGAUACUACUGCUUUAACUUUGAAAAAGGAAAUUUCAGAUGUUCUUGCUCGGCACAAUUUGAGUAUAAAAAAUAUUCGAGGUCAAGGUUAUGAUGGAGCUAGUAAUAUGUGUGGGAAAUGGUUUGGACUACAAGCCUUAUUUUUGAGCGAAUGUCCAUAUGCCUAUUACAUACAUUGUUUCUCUCAUAGGCUCCAAUUAGCAUUGGUUAUGACACCUAGAGAGAAAUUAUCAACUAUCUCUGAAUUGUGCCAAUAUUUAGUGAAAUCAAGGAAGUCAACUAUUUAUCCUCUUAUUGAUAGGUUUGUUAGACUUGUUUUGACACUUCCAGUCUCAACUGCUACUACUGAGCGAGCUUUCUUAGCUAUGAGUCAUGUAAAGACUAAGCUUCGUAAUAAGAUGGGAGAUGAUUUUCUUGCAAAUUCCUUCAUUACACAUUGA